UCGCACCACUCUCUGUCUGUCCGCCACAGUGCGAGCCACACGGACCACGUUACUGCGUCGUUCCACGUACUGGUGAACGGUGUGUCGAUAGUUUUUUUUUGCGCUCCGUUUCGUAUGUAAAUAAACAACAUGAAUAGGAUCGUGGGGGGAUAGUUGGUGGUGUUUGGGACGAGACUCGUUCAGUUUGCGGUGCCGUCGAGUGUGGUCACUGGAGUUGUUUAUUUUUUUCGAGGAUUUUCGCCGCGAUGACUUGUUGAACUGUGUUCAGUAGUAGUGAUUCUGUGACGAGAUAUAUAUUGCGCCGCAGAAUAUAUUUAGCUGACGGCAGUCGUUGUUGUAUAACUUAACCUGACUUUGGCAUUAUGGACGCGUGAACCGAAAACUUCUGAUCGGCCAAAUCAACGCAGACAGAUUCGCCGUCGACACCGUUAAAUCGUAAGAAGCGGCGGCAGCAGCGGCAGCAGCAGCAGCAGCAACAGCAGCAGCAGCAGCAGUUAGUUGUGUGCGUUGUUGUGUGUGUGGACGGUCGGGUGCAAUUUAGCGACAUCGCCGUGAUGAAUCCCGAUGAGUAUUCGGGCGCCGACCAGUGGCAACGGCAGACGAUGAACCUGGGCGUGAUGGAGCCGCUGGCCGAGGUGGACGGUUUCGAGCCGCAGACUCGCGCCAGGUCCAACACGUGGCCGCUGCCACGGCCCGAGAACUUCGUGGAGCCGGACGAGAACGCGGCCGCCGCGGCGGGCAACAAGUGUUCCGGGUUGCCGUCGGCCGCGCCGGUCCCCUCUAGCGCCGUGCCCGCCAAGAAGAAUUCGAGCAGGAGGAAUGCGUGGGGCAAUCUGAGCUACGCCGAUUUGAUCACCCAGGCGAUCACCACGUCGCCUGAUAAACGGCUCACCCUCAGCCAGAUCUACGAGUGGAUGGUGCAGAAUGUGCCCUACUUCAAGGAUAAAGGCGACAGCAACAGCUCAGCAGGAUGGAAGAACUCGAUACGACACAAUCUCUCGUUGCACAACCGUUUCAUGAGGGUCCAGAACGAAGGCACCGGCAAAUCGUCGUGGUGGAUGAUCAACCCCGACGCCAAGCCGGGCAAGUCGGUGAGGCGAAGGGCCGCGUCCAUGGAAACGAAACAGUACGAGAAGCGGCGGGGUCGUGUGAAGAAAAAGGUCGACAUCAUCAGGAACGGUAUGAACGGCCUUCCGGACACCACGCCUAGUCCCAGUUCCUCGGUGUCCGAAAGCCUGGACCUCUUCCCCGACUCACCACCGAAUAUGCACGGUGGUGGCGGCUUCCAACUGAGCCCGGACUUCAGGCCACGCGCCUCGUCGAACACGUCAUCGUGCGGUGGCCGUUUGUCCCCCAUUCCUGCCGUCGUCGGUCCCGAACCUGACUGGUUCCCGUCGACGAACAACUACAGCCCCGAAAUGCAGGCCGGCAACUACUCCCCUGACCAGCUGGCCGGCAACCUGCAGCAGCGCAUGAAACUCGAACCCGACUCCUAUUUGGGGAGUUAUAUGAAUGGGCAAACCACGCAACCACCACCUCCGUAUCCGAAUUACGGGGAGUUCCAGAACUCAACGUUCGACAUCUGUCCAAGACAUCAGAUCCAGACCUGUGGGUGCAUGCAACAAAUAAAAGUCGAGAAUUGUUUGCCACACAUUAAAGCCGAGCGAAUGUCACCGUCGGGAAUGUCGCCUUCGUACUCGAGUUCGGAGCAGCUGCCGGACACCAACACCCAGUACAUGCUGAACGCAACCGCCAUCCAGCAGCGGACGUCAGGCAGCCCGCCCAUCAACCAACAGCAACCGUCCACGGUGAUGGGCCAGCUGAUGGGUGCUUUGAACAGCAGCAGCUCCAUACUCGACGAUCUCAACAUCAACGUCGAAUCGUUCCAGGGCGGCUUCGAUUGCAACGUCGAGGAACUGAUCAAGCACGAGCUGAACAUGGACGGCAGUCUGGACUUCAACUUCGCCAAUCAGCAGCAAACGGUGGGAGCGCCCGCCGCCGACAACCAGGCGACGGGUCAGCCGGGGGCGCCGCCUGCCUAUCCUGCAGCGGUCACCAGUCCUUCGUGGGUGCACUAACGGCAGAUUUUUGUUCGGAGAAGAUCCGGAGAAUACUUCUGUGAAUUUAGGACAAACAAAUACACUCACUCUCCAGCCGAAAGCCAGAGAAGCGAGCGUUGAGCCAGUGACUAUUCUUGUUAAAAAUGAUCUCGUUAAGCUCAUUUCUAAUUGUACAGAAUUAAUGCUUUUUAUGUAAUUUUACUAUAGCAAAAUUUGUAAAGGAGGAAAAACACGAGUAAAGCCGACGCAAUAGACGUGUUGCAAACCUCGUUACAGGUGCCAUUUUUUAAAAUACGGUUAAGUUUAUACAGAUGCCAAUUAUUAGGGUUAAGGAUUUCAUUUGUUGAGGACGAAGUUAUUAGUUGACACGUGGAUUGGCAGCUCAAUAUUUUUCAAAGAGAUGUAAUUUUCGAGUGUAUAAUUUUUUUUAUUUUGUAAAUUAAUCGUAAGUCAAAUGAUAUACAUAGUGUAAUAUAACUUUUAGAUAGACAUAAUGCACAAUAACAGGACCUGUGGUUCAGUGGAAUUGGUUGAGUUUAGUUUCCUCAAUUCAAAUUAGUUACAUUCGGUGAACUUUUACGGUGAAAAAAUUCAUUCAAGAACUGAUUUAGUGUGAUUAACUGUCAAUGUUUAUAUAAAAUUAGUCCAAUUACAAUUGACACUUAAUUUCACUUUAAGCGCACAUUUUUAAAAAAUAACUUCCAAAAACUGGUCUCAGACGAUUUAACUGAUUCCACGGACUGAAUAUUGUGAUAAAAUGACGUAAAUGUGAAAGCAGCAUUACGAAAAAAAUCUUCGUUGUAUAUAGUGUUAGUUUAUAGGUGCUUGUGUACCUUUGUUGUUAUUUUUUUAUCCUUAAAGAAUCAUUUUAUUCUCGUCAUACUGGUACUGGUCAUAAAAAUAUAUAUAUUUUAUUGCCUAGCAUUAAUAUAUCAUUAUCAUUUAUGUUUUUUAUUAUAACAUUUAUGUAUGCUUUAAUGACAUGAACGUUGAAUUAUAUUUCAAUAAGAGGCAAACCACUUUAUUAAGAUAUUAUCGUAGUUCUAUCAAACGUAGAACGAUUCGGUUCCUUUAAUUUUUCUACUACCUUAACUGAAAACAAAAAUUUUUAAAAUCAAACAACGAAUAAAUUUUAAUUAAUAUUUAUAUACACGUGAAGAAAUUAUGAAUUGGUUUGUCAUCUAUUGGCCAACAUUAAAACUACCUUGUGACUUUCAUAGUCAUUAAUAUUUAGGCUUGUCUUAGGAAGUUAUUGCCAAAAUACAUAUUUUCAACAAAUUUCGUUAUUUUGAUAUUGAAAAUAGUAUUUUGUUAUUUUUGAAUGCCUGUAAGUGUAUUGAUGUAUAUAAUUUAAAGAACAUACAGAAUGUAGAAUUGUUUUUUGUUGUUAUCUUGUCAUAUAAUGUGGACAUGCGUAUUUAUGUACAUUUUAAUUUUAGUUAAAUCAUUAUUAUUUAAGAAAUUUUAUUUUAUUAAACAAUAUAAUAUAGUCAAUAUGUUGAAGCUACAUGUCAAUUUUACAAAGCAAAUUCGUACCUACGUAAAAUGUAAUUUUAUAUCGUACUGCAAUUAUCAAACUUAACGAUAUUUAUUGGAUAAAAAAUCAUUAAAUAGUCAAGUCAUAACUGAAUUAACAGUUUUUACAGAUUCUCCUUCUGUUUUCCGUCUAACUUUACCAUAUUCUAAAUGUUGCAGUUUGAUGGUUGAAGUACGGCAGUUUGAAGUUUGUUUGAACCAAAAACAACAAUGUGCAUAUCUGUUGUUUUAUUUUUUCACAAAAAACACGACAGUUAAAUAUGCACUCACAUACACACUCUUGUGUGUUUUUACAGUGAUACAAGCUAUGUCAGGUGCCUCACUUUUCUUUAAAUUUGAUAAUAUAUUAUUAUAAAUAUUAAUUUUAAGAAAAUAUAUAAUAUACAUUUACAUAUUGCUGUUUCACAAAAAUAAAUCAAAAAAUUCA